AUGGUUUCACUACUCCAAGAUCAAUCUAAUAUUAAGUUUUCCUCUUCGGACACUCUGGAAAGGGACCAACAAGAAGACCUCAUGAAGACACAGGGGGAUUCAGUAUCCCCAGUUCAGCAAACUGAAAAUCCCAGUUAUAAUUGCCAGUCAUAUGACUCAGACGGCAGGACAGAAAGGAAGAGUUCAGAGUCUUCUCACAGCCCCAGCCCUGCUUCUCCAGCACAGGAUCAAAUUCAUACAAGAUACCCUACAAGCCAAGGAAUUCACUGUGGCAAGAACAAAUUUAAGGCCACUUUCAGUACUGAAAAAUUCAGAAGGUACAGUUACGAGGAAAGUACUAUAGGAAAUUAUGACAGGUUUCUCAAGAGCAGCAGAAACCCCUUUCACCCUUACAAGAGGCAGAUCAGUGAAGAUGUCUUCCAGGAAGUACAUCAGGCCCUCCCACCAGAAGGUCCACCCUUCAAAAAUGCUAGAAGCAUUGACGGUUUUGAGGGUCUACCGGGAUCUACAGGCACUGAGGAGUCAGAGUCAUUUCCUACACACAUUCCAAACAUCUCCACAGAACAAGCAUGGUGUAACAACCUCCAAUACAGCACCACAAGUCAAGAUCACGGUUCACAAGUCAUGCAGGAUUCAGACAUCAAACUUAGGACAUCCCCACUGGAAGGGCAACCUGGUCUGUAUUGUUAUCAGCCUCAAGUGCAGCAGAUGUAUUGCCCCUCUCAUCCUUUCCAUCAGUAUCCCUCUGGAGGUAGCUAUCCUGUGACUUAUAUUGCCUCUUCACACUACCCUUACCAAAGAAUUGCUCCUCAAAGCAGUCAAGAAUCCCAGCAGCCUCUAUUUCCCAAACCCAUCUACUCCUACAGCAUCCUGAUCUUCAUGGCACUCAAAAACAGCAAGACAGGAAGCUUGCCAGUCAGUGAGAUUUACAAUUUCAUGACGGAACACUUUCCUUACUUUAAGACAGCUCCAGAUGGCUGGAAGAAUUCUGUACGCCACAACUUAUCUUUGAACAAAUGCUUUGAGAAAGUUGAAAACAAGUCAGGCAAUUCUUCUCGGAAAGGCUGUCUGUGGGCUCUGAAUCCAGCCAAAAUUGAUAAGAUGCAGGAGGAGCUUCAGAAAUGGAAGAGGAAAGACCCAGUUGCUGUAAGGAAGAGUAUGGCAAAGCCAGAAGAACUUGACACACUGAUAGGCGAUAAAAGUGAAAAGCUGAGCUCUUCAAUCAUGUCCUGCAGUCCAACUGGUGUUGCAAGUGCGUCCCUUUCCAGGCAGAUGGCAGUCCAAUCCCAUUCCUUAUGUGAGCCCUCUCUUUCCUCUGGUAUACCACAGCCAUUACACACUAUCCAUACAUCAGGAGCUCUACAUGUCAAGAGCCCAUUACCAAAUUUGCUCGGAGGACAGCAAACUGCAUGCUAUACAGCACCACAGGGUUUUCCUCAAAUCUCAAGUACAUUAAUGCAACAGUCACCUGACCCUCAGACCCUGUUCCCUUCUGGGGAAACUCAGAAUGAACUCAGAACUCAACCCAGCAUCACCCAGGAUUCUCCACUGCCUGCUCAGACCCCCCCCAUCUGUGGAGUGAAGAUGCUGACAGAGCACUCUACAGCCAGGACAAUGCAGGACACACUUAUGCAAGAAGGUGAUCUCAGCAAUGAUAUCGAUGCUCUUAAUCCAACCCUGACUGAUUUUGAUCUCCAAGGAAAUCUUUGGGAGGAGCUGAAAGAUGACAGCCUAGCUGUGGAUCCCUUAGUUCUCAUUUCAUCAUCCCCAACGUCUUCUCAGUGUUUCCCUUCUCAUUGCCAGAUGGAUAACAGCAGCAGCAAUAACGUCAACAUUCAAAAUGGAACUCCACACAGCAACUUACCUGAUAUACAGCUCGCUACUCUUUACUCUGCCUUUAUGGAACUGGAUACAGUGUCUCCUGCCUACUUAAGUAAUUCUGGAUCCAAACCUAUAGCACUAAUGUGAACCACAUACCAACUUAAUUGUAGUUAUUUUGUCCAAAUGCAGCCUUAACAAUCACAAACGUUCACCUAUUCUGAUCUAUAUCAGCUACAA